CGCCCUUACGGUGUUAUAACUCAGUCAACGAACGAGCUUCGAAAAGUUGAUCGAAUUUUUGUCUAUCGGAAGUAACCAAGAUGUGAAGUACAUACAAAAUUUGAUCGAUUUUACUCGGAACACAACACAAGAUGGAUGAGCCACAUUUAUUAGAAAAAGAUAAAUCAUAAAGAUAUCUUCCUGAAUACCUAUCCGUAAAAAUGGAGAGGAAAAAUUCCAUUUCGAGUGUGAAUGGUUCGAAUGGACAAAUAUUCGCUGGACAGCCUUUGCCAAUAAUAAUUCAAGAAUUUUUCUGGAAACAAACAGGACCUUUCAUUCGACCAAAAUUUGGAAAACAUCAUGAAGCUUCUUGCAUGUUUUGCCAAAAUGCUCACAUUCACAACGAUAUGAAAGAAGCUUGCAAAGUACUUGAAAAGGUAUUAGUUCAGAAUAUACCCAUAAAUACGGUGAAUCCUGUGUAUAAAGCAAUCCAAAAGGUUCCCAGAUGGCGAUUGAUCGAGGCCGCUUUUCCACACAUCGUUCACUGCGUGGCAUCAUUUUUACAGUACAGGAAAGACGUUAUGGAUUUGCAAACAGUAAGCCAAACAGAAUCCAAAUUGUUGUACAUCUUACAUUGGAUAAUAUUAGAUGCAGCCGAAGAAUGUGCGGAUGCAGAUUUCGAGAAUGGAGUUAAUCAACAUCUGCCUUAUUACUACCUUUUCCCAAUUACCUCGAUUACGCUUUUCAUUUAUAUGUUGGCACCGGUGCUGCAUCGAAUUAAAGAAUCCGAGCUCCAAUCGUACAGACUGGAAAAUGGUAUCAAAUUGUGGCGAGCUUUAUGGGAAUAUCGUCAUCCGGAUGCUCCGUGCUUCACUACUUACUGCAAACUUCAUCCUAAUCGUGUUUGGUGCAGGAAAAUUCGCGAACAUCACGCUUCUUUCGAUAUUUUACCUGGACGAAAAAUAUCUAAAGACGAAGAACAAAUUAACGCCAGUCCAGUCGGUGGUCCAACAAGUUGCGCUUAUUUCGAUACCCAAUCGUGUAAUAAAUCGUCGUCCAGUGAAAAGGUGACAGCGAUGCCAUUUUCCAAAUCGUCUGCAAAAACUCUUGUUCAAGAAUACUCAAAUGGUUCCGGGGAACACACGGUUAUUCUAAGACUCCCAUCACUUGUCGAGUCAGAAGAUGUAACCAAAGAUUCACCGGUUAUAUUUUCGGGUAAAGCAUCCAUACUACAGCUGGCGAUGGGAAGAAGCGCUUGUACUAUGGGUAGAGCUUCAUUACCAUCUGAACAUUUGCAAUUACCGCCGGAUAUAAUGCAACAUAUGGCAGCUCGCCAUUCGAUCACUAAUACAGGUGUCACCAUCAACAAAGAAGUGAUUUUCGAUACGUCGAAAACUUUAAAACCUACCACACCAGAAACAGUUACAAAACCAGUGAAUCUGUAUGCGGCCACAUUCAUGGAUGUAGCAGUAUUGAGAUGCCUGUUCGUAUCGCAGUGGCCUGAAGAAGGUGUAUUUUGGGCUUUGAAUUUUUUGUAUCGAAGACUCCAAACGAUGAAUAAAAUCAAACUCGAACAACAACCACGUAAAAGAAGUAAUUCAUUACCAAUUCCAAAAAUCGAAGUAACUUUCCACGAUAGUCCAGAAUCAAAAAGGAAGUACACAUAUGGCAACAGAGACAUGCCUUCGGGUGGUGAUCAUAAACAUUCGUUAACUGGCGCAUCUGGUGACGAGCCAACGCUUCGAUCUCAAAAAUGUAUGGACAAAGCUAAAAAGAAAGCCAAGAUCGCAGAUUUAAAGACAUUUGUGGAAGGUAAACUGCUAUCGAGAUCGGAAAAAAAUUUGGAAAAAAUAGCUCAAAUGGAGGAAAAUGGUUUCUAUGAUUCGGAAUACAGAUACAGUCUGGAUUCAGACCCUGAUGAUGGGAAGACUUCAACCCAUCCUACAACUUCUUUGGCUAAAAUCAUUUCUUUAGAAGAAGGCGACUCAUCCAAAUUGGGUGGCUUAGUUAAAGUCACAAGUAUGCCCAGUCUAAGCUGUUUGCUUGACGAAUUCAAGAAUAACGAUAAAAUCGGAGAAGACAAAUGCGGCAAUAUGGAUAAACAUUCCAUGAAUCCGGUCAUCACUGUGACACAACACACACCUAAUCCAUCACCUGAUUAUCUACGAAGAAAGCAGCACUCUUUCGAGAGCUACCCUGGUAAUGGAAUGGGCUGUGGAGGCGCCGGCGGUGGUGGCGUUGGUGGCAGCGGUGAACAAGAAGAUAGUCGCGUGAGUCGCGAUUCAAAGCAGCCCAGUUUGACUCGAUCUUUGACCGAUUCCAAUAUUAGUUAUAGCGGCGAAGAAUUCUCAGAGGCUGCAGGAUCGUCCGGAUACGUGAACAAAGAUGGCGAUAUCGAUAUUCUUGUAGUUUUACAAGCAAUGCACAGCAUAUCUCAACGAGAAAAAAUAGUUUGCUCGGCUCAAGUAUGCGAUAUUGUGAUCAAAAUAUUGGAAUUACUCGUCGAUAUGGGAAUACUGCAUCAGCAUUUUCGAGAAGAGCACCGAUGCAAGAAUGAAUAUCUAUUUUCGUUGGAUUUUUUCGCGUCUUUUCUGAAAUGUCAAAAAAUCAUAGAUCCUUUAACUUUAUUCGCCAGCACAGUAUUUCGAAUUAUCAAACAUUUGGGCUGUCCAAACCACUGCAAUGAGAGUCAGAAAAUAAGCACCGCAUCUUCGACGGACGUAUUGCGUUCUCAAUGCCAGUUAUUAUUGAGCAGAUUGAGAAAGAUUAAUUUGGAACAGUUUGAAAAAUAUUUGCAAACUUUUAUUCAGAGUUCAUCCAUCGCUGACGUGUUAGAAUUUUUCCACGCUUUUUGCGGCUUUUGCGUAGAUCCGUGCUCGUUAUUGUCGCCUAACCAAAAAAGAACCAUAAAAUCACCCGAUGGCUCAUUUCAAGGCGGAUAUUCCACCAAUUUUGGAGCCGGCUUGAAUAAUAUAUACGGAGGGAGAGGUAUCGAGGGUCAAAUUCUAAUGGCAACAUUUAAAAUUUUUGUAUCUCGAUUGACUGCCACACCAAAGGAGAUAAAAGCUCCUGAAAAUAUGUCGUUGUAUCACGAUGCUCGAUUGCUCAUUAAUUACAUCAAAGAAGUUCACGGCGGAAUCUUUCGUCAGGUUUUAUUAAGUGGAUUGAUUGAUACCGAAGUGAAAACCCAUCGAAAAGAAGUCAACGUUCAAACUACCAAAGUUAUCAGACAUAUACCACAAUGUGAUCAAGAAGUGCAAAUGGACAAUUCCAUCUUUGUAGUCGACGACAGAGAAAGAAAAGCGUUAAUUAAAAAACGCAGCACCUCGUCAGCGUGUGCAAGUUUGCACGAAACUGAUGAUAUCGAUGAAGGAAAAUUUUCGCAGAGUCCUUGUAAUUAUGUCAGAAAAAAACAUCCUGUUUUGACUCCUCGUCAUAGUGAAAGAUAUUUUCAAAGACCCGAUCUAGUCAAAACGCAGUCUCGGUUUCCAAUUAGUGGUCUAGUGAAUUGGUUGCGUAAGGAAUAUGCCAGAACUGAUUCUCUGGAUAGUCACUUCCAAGAUGAUAACGACAUGUCUUUGGAUGCGGUUCUAUCUCAGCAAAUCAGCGCUUUACAACAUUCGCACGCUAAAUCGACACCUAAGAGUUUUACUAGCGUGGGUCAAACAUUUUUCAAAGCUAAAAAACGGGUAGGUGACCAACUGAACAAAAUCGGAUUCAAAAAAGGCAAAAAGAAAAGUCGAAGUGUCGAAGAUACACAAGGAAGUUAUUUGAGUCGAAGGAACUCUAUCGAAACGGGAAACCAAUCUCGAGAUUCAGAAUUCUUAGUAUUGAAAGAGAGAAAAUUGAUUUCAACCGGAGCUUUAUACAGUGGUAUGCAAAGACUGGCUUUUAUGCUGGAAAUAUGCCAUCCUGGUUCUGUUCCUGAUCCAUCUUUAGUGGCUGCUGUGUUAGACUUGCCUCAUACUCCAGUCAUCGCACGAGCAGCCUUUCUCUUGGAAUGUUCCUAUUAUGUACACUGCUUCAACAAAGGACAAUGGCCACUCUGGACCAAGUUGAAUUUACCAGGAUUUCGUCAAUCUGGUCCUUUGUCUUGCACCAGAGGAAGCACUGCUCCUAAUGGCCUCAGAAGAGCGCAGAUGUUACAACGAUCUGCUGGCAAAAUGUUUCAUUUAUGGGCUGAGGCAAUCGCUUCUCGUCUCGAUGAAAUGUUAAACAAAGACGAAGAGAAUAUUCCUGAUGUAAUCACGUUGAUGGGCGAUGAAAACAAACAUGGCGAUCUGCUGGCUGACGAUGAAGAAGAGGACUUCCUGGACGAAGCUACUGAUCUGCAGACUGGCUCAUCUUGCCCGAUGCCAUUGAGACUGCUAGCGUGCAUGUUGCUGUUCGAGAUCACCGCUUAUCUAAGAGAGACGUUUCAAAAUUUACCCAAAUCCAUCCGAGUUGUGGGUCGCGAACGCGCCACAAUGUGGGAGAAAUCGUACAUGAAGGAUGCGAACAGAAGAUUUUCUAUAGCCCUUUCUUCGAUGGGACAUUCGCAAGCUUCGGCACAAAGUUUACAAUCUAUAUCGUGUGACAGAGAGCCAAAAAACGAGAAAAUCGAAGAACCACGAAGUAAAUGUGAUUUACAAAAACAAUCGAGUCUGAAAAAUUCGAAAAUUAAUGAAAAAAGAGCGUCCCAAGCGCUAAAUGCGUUCAGAAAGUACGCUAAACACGUUAUGACAGCAGGUGAAAGGAAAAUAAGCUUUGUGCUGCAUGAACCGGAAGGUGAUAACGAAGAUGGAAGUGGCGGCGCAUCGAAUGCUGCAGGGGGUGCCAUUGCACUAACUAACCAGACUGGUGAUGAUAAAACAGAAACAGCCACUGAUGAUAAAAAGUCGAAAAAAUCAGGCUCGUCGACUUCUGCAACAGCAAGUUCAGGACGACCGUAUUUGCUGCGUCGUAGCACAGCCAGUGGGGCGGGCGGCUCAAUAAAACGUCGAAGUUUCCGAUUCAAGAAGAGCUCAAAUAAAGAUUCAAACAAGGAGAAUGCUGAUGGUAAAAAACUUGUAGCGAAAGAGUCAUCAACUGAAACUAAGAAAAAUGAUUCAGUUCGACGAGUUGAUUCCAUACAGUCAAAACGCCAAAAAGGUUCGUUAUCUGAUCGCAGUGAUACAUCUGAAUUAUGCCCAAGUGCUGGUGAAGAAUCUCCUGGCAUUAUGGAGUCACCAGAUGAGCAGGUGCCCGAAAGUCCCACCGAUAGCAAUGAUGUCGAUGAUUCUUCAGCCAAUAUGCCAUGGAUUAAGGUUGUUGUGCGAAUGAUGAAUUCCUUAAAUUAUUACUGCUCUCAUCAGAAUUUUUGUCACCCAUUUUGCUAUCGACGGCAUAUGAGGGCCUGCUCCAGGUUAACCAAAGCGUUAAGAAAGGUAUAUGGUGAAGAAUUUGGCGCACUACAAGCUGACAACUUUUUUGAGAAGUUCUCAAGCAAAGAUCACAAGAAUCAUAAGCUACUGGACAGGUCAGGAUCACAGACAUCACCGAUCAAAAGGAGAGACAGUUUCUCCAAGUGUGGCCCUGGAGCUGGUAUACAUUCUAGCACUGAUUCAUAUGUGAGAGAGGUUGGUACUGUAGAAGAUUGCUCAAACAGUGAUAAAGGUAGCAAGCAACGGACUUCAAAGAAAAAUGAAUCUGAAAAGAAAAUGAAAGAUCAGUCAAUGAUGUUGAGAUACAUCAAAACUCAAGUAAAAGACAGUUUCCAUUCUCCAAUGGCAAUUCUCAUCAAAUCAAUUGUGAUACUUUCGGAAGAACAUGUGAUAGACAUUUUGCCAAUCGCUUGGGAAUUAUUAUUGGAAUCGAAUCAAGAAGUGGUGGCUACAGCGGCAUCUCUUUUCAUAGUUGCCGCUUUCAAAGCACCCACCAAAGCUAAUGAAAUCAUGCUGAAAGGAUUGCAAAAUGUUGAAACUGCUGUUCGCAUCAAUGCCAUUUUACGUUUUCAAGUAUUAUGGAGACAUCGAUAUCAAGCUUGGCCUCGCAUGGAAGAAAGAGCGCAAACAACGUUCAGGUUACCUCCUCCGUCCAUAGAAUUUACUCUAACGUCUCCGAAAAUUGGAAUUGAAUCUUUACCAGUUGUUGAUCCUCCUUGGAUGACAAUUAAUGCUGAAAUUCCUGUAAAUAAAUUCCCAAAAGCUGAAGAGUCGCAUCGACAAUUAUCAGCAAGAAAGACCACUGAAAAGAGAGAAGUUCCUCCACCACCACUCACUUAUCACGCUAUGAAGCAAAAAACAACUGAUGGUCGAGAAUCAUUUUUAAUUACUGCCAUUCCAAUUGCUAUUCAAGCAGGAUAUGAACCUAGUGUGCCUCAUGCUGUCGGAGAUGUCGACCAUGAUGAAGCCGAUGACGAGUCCUGUGAUACGCAAGAGACAAAUAAACCUCAAUUGCAGCAGCAAUCGCAACAAUCUCAGCAACAACAACAGCCCUUGUCGCAACAAAAAAGCAGCAACAUUCAUGGCCAGUCAUUGGCUGUUUUGUUUCCAUCUUGCUUGUGUUCUGCAGUCGUUGAAAUCAUCUCAUUAUUGGACGAUGCAGCUGUCUCUGCAGAUGGUAAUUCGGUAUACGAAGUUGCAUAUCAGGUUAUAUGGAAUUGUUUAGUCGAAGACAGCAGUCUCUUUUUGAGGUAUAUUUUGGAACGAGUGACUCGAGAUAAACAAGAACUGAUGUUCAAAAUUUUAAGACACUUGAUACGUUUUAUACCAAAAUUGCCUCAGCAAGCAGCCUUUGCUCUGUACAAUUACAUCAUUGGAUAUGUAAUGUUCUAUGUGAGAUCGCCUCAUGAAAAUGGUCAAAAAAUGAUCGGAGCAGCGUUAUCUAUUUUGUGGAUGGUUGUGCACAGCGUUCAUGGCAUAAUGUUCAAAGAUUUGAAACAAAUUUUAAGAAAAGAACAAUGUGAUAUGGCAAUUUUAUUAACUGCUCAUGCCCCAUCCGCCAAAAAAAUAAUCGUUCAUGGACCUCAAGAGCAAGAUGGUGGUGGUAUUCCUUCUCAAUUUCCUGUUCAAGAAGAUACACAAUUUUGCCAGUUAUGGAGAGAAUCUCUUGAUUAUUUCAACAUCGAAGAAAAAGAUUAUAAAGAAUACUUUCUGGUGGAUCACAAAACUCAUCAAAUACACAAUGUGAACUCCUACGUUCGCGAUUACUACUGUUUCAAAAGGUCACAAUAUCCUCAACUCGAAUUAGUGCAUAUGAAACCAGAAGAUGCCUUUAAUGCUUUGCAGAGGCAAGAAUUACUCCAUAAAUUCAUCGAAAUAGGCAAAGUUCUACUCACAUGGGCUAUUUUGAAGAAUGUCGACAUGGUUAUGCAGAGGGUGGUAUUUUUGCACGAGGAGCUGAUAAAAAUAGGCUCAUUCCCUCGUAAAGCCCUUGAAGCAGAUUUGGACCUUUACAAAAAUGGCGAAAUGGGAAAAGAACUAUUAGGUCUGGAUGUUUUGCAUAAAUUUAUGUGGGUACGUCUGAUUGCGCGUAUGUUCGAAGCAAUGGCGGGAAAUUUCGCAUACUCUAGCGAUAUCCAUCUGUCGAUGAAUGUGCUAAACGGUGCAUUAAUGCUGCACGGUGAAGAUGCCUGCAUUUUACGAUACGUUAUGGCUACUUAUAUAAAUGCAGCGUACAACUUUAAGAAUAUUUUCUCCACAAAUGGGUAUUUUCUGAUUAUGCCUACUCUUUUGCAAGUUUACUCGAGUCAUAAUACAAACAGUUUAGUGACCAGAACAAUAGAGUACACAGUGAAACAAUUUUACCUGAUGAACAGGAAGCCUUUCAUCUUGCAAAUGUUCGGCAGUGUAUCAACCAUUUUGGAUAUUGACGACAGCAGUCAGUAUGGUCGUGCUCACGAGGUGGAAUCGAGCUGUUUAUUUCAAUUAUUACUGAGCUUAGAAACUCCAUCACCGGAUCCUCUCAACAUUGGUGAAUUGGUAAAGGAGGAAAAGCCUUUGAAAGCAAUUGAUUUUUGCUACCACGAUGAAAACGAGAUGAUAAAUGUUGUCGAUUGUAUUUCUCUUUGUGUUAUGGUUGUAUCUUACGCUGCUGAUUCGCUACGAGCUUAUCAAAUGUUGGUUAUUCUUGAAGCCAUUUUACCAUGCUACUUGAGACAAAUUCAAUCCUCGGAGUAUCGUAAAAAUGGAAAAUCUGAACGAGAAAUCAUUGCACAGUUGGCCAUAUCAAUUAAAACUUUAGUCAAUAAAUGUGAAGCAUUGACCAAGAAUUACAAUGGUCCACAAAAAACUACCCCCGAGCAUAAAACCUCCAGUCAAAGAAACUACAGCAAAGGACCUUAUUCGCCUGCUUACGACUACGAUGACGAUUCCAAGUAUAUCAUUGAUAGAGGACGUUCGAAGAUGACUUAUGAUAGGGAUGCUGAUGAUUCCGAACAACUGUUGCGAACGGAUUUUCGUCGACCGAGAGAUGUACUUUUGUCAACCGUUGCUGAUUUUGUCACAAAAAGUUCCUGUAGAUUAAUCGAAUUGUAUAAAAAAUGCCCUUUGGAUGGCAAACAUGUGGAAUUGUUAGACCUACGUUCAUAUGUGAGAUUGGCUGAUAUCGCCAUCACACUACUGAAAGUAUCACCCUACGAUCCGGAAACAAUGGCUUGUAAAGGUCUGCAAAGAUACAUGUCGCAUUUAUUGCCAGCUACUGAUUGGAGCAACGAAACUAUACGACAGACUCUUCUUUCUAUGUUACGAAGAGUUGAUAAAAUGUUUGUAAAAAUAUACAAAAAAGCGUCCAUCCGGAGGCAAGUGGACUGGGCUGCGGCCAGCGGAAUUUUGAAAGGCGUUUAUGAAACUUUAUCCAGAUAUCCUUCUUUAGUUUUUCAUCAACCUAUGAAAGCGCUUAUAAACACCUGUCAAGCAUUGAUCACAGCAGAUACCGCAAGCUUAGGAAUUGGAGAAAAUUUAUCAUCAGCAUCGGUAGCAGUUAUGUCCAAAGUACCGCCUCCUCAAUUCAUAUCAAUUGUCAUAAAAUUGAUAGCUUUGCAGAUUCUAGCAUUUGGUGAAAUUUACUCGCUAGAACACGUGUGUGGAUCUUCCAUAUCAUCUCCUUUACCAGAGAAAGUGGAAAAUAUUUUUGUCAAUUUUUUACUGCCGUUUUGUUUGAGAGUAGGAGGAGGUGCAAGAGAUGAAGUGUGUAUCCGUCAAAAUGAUAUCACAUUCGCCUUGACUGCGGUGUUGAAUUUGAUGUCUCCAUCAACCAGCAGAAGUUUUGCUUCGGGAUCUCAGAAUUUGAAAACAAUGUCUGAAAUUCGUACCGCGUCUAUGACUUAUAAUUCGAGAGAUACGAAAAUUGUCUCCGGACUGUCGCCUUUCAUUUACAAAGUAGCUUUUUUGGGUUUGAAAAUAAUGCAAGUUUGCUUCGAGUCUGAACUAAAUGCACACUGGCAAAAAACUGCUCGUACGAUUAAAGAAGUAUCUAAAGUUACUGAAGCACGAUUGUCGUUCUGGAACUACUUAGAAUUCCUCGUUUCAAACAGAAACCCUUUAUUUAUAAUUCUACUACCAUUUCUUCAUCAAAGAGUUAUACAACCUUCAGUAAACGAAAUAGAACGACAAGCGCAAUUGAGAGUGCGAGAAAAACUGAUAUCAUUCAAUCCAUCUCCGCCUAUGUGUCGAUCAUCUUUAGUAUUUCAACUUAAAAACGAAUUGAGGGAUUUAAAAAUGGAAAUAGAGAAUAAAAAAAUAGAAUUAGAUACAAAGACUAAAGAUAGUUAUGGAGGUUCAUUGGAUGUACCAAAUCAAAGGACCUCCUUUUCGGAUUAUUUGGAUACUCAUAAUGCUCAAUGUGAAAACUUGAUUCAUAGAGGUUCAAUUACAAGUACUCAAGGUAGUGGUAGUGGUAGCAUUCACGAAGUCUCAUUUGCAGUUGGUGUUAAGGGUUCAAAAGGUGACAUAUUUAGCUCAAAUGAAGAAUACACGACAAACUGCGAAGGCACUGGCAAGCCUUUCAUUUCAAGACUUCAUAGAUCAAAAGCCCAAAGCAGGAAAACAUUUCAUUUUCGAAAAAGUAGAAUAGAACAGAAACCACAAACAAAAUCAGCUCCGGCAAGUGUGAAUGUGUCUGAAGUGCAGAGUCCAACAAGCGUUUCAAAUCAACCUGUAUCUACUCCACAAUCUAUAUCAUCAGUGUACACUUUGAAACCGCCAAAUUCAUCUCAAGCAGCCUGCGAAAUGUCUUGCGAAGAAGAUAGUUUAUUAUCUCAAACUACCUCGAGCACAUCCGGCUAUCGUGAAAAUUGUAGUUUAUUAAUGAUGCAGUUGGAAUCUCCCAGAGAGAUUCAACAUUGUUAUCCAUCGAGUAGUAACUCAACACUCGUUCCUCCUGUAUCUCCCGAGUCCUUUGAAAGUGAUGAUAAUAUUCGAUCGAGUCAACAUUCUGUGUUGAUGGUUUAUGGUUCACAAGAUAAGAAUACAAUGUUGUAAUGUAAAAGAUGAAUACUCAUCAGCCAAAAUUUAGAGGGGUCGUUGAACCAGUGUGUAUUAAUUUAGUGCAUCAAUCCAAGUGUGUUCGCGGGCCUUUGGGGGUGAGAGUAUCAGAGUAGUUCAUAAACUACAAUGUAUUUAAGAUCAAUACUUCCAUAUUUUAUCAUUGUGCACCAACUGAAAUAAGUACCUAUGUAGGUAGGUAAUGUAAAAACAUAGAGAUGAUUGAGAUUAGCAAAUUAUACUUAAUUAAGAGUAAAAUUAUGCAAAGAGGGAGGUUUAUCUAAACUUUGGAGAGAUGUAGUUUUUCUCCUAUUUUAUAAAGGCAGGAAGAGUAAGAGGGCAAAACCUUAAACAUUCUGAGUCAAUGAUUUUGAAUCUCAGGUUAUGGUUAUCCUCAGUUCCACUUACCAUGUUGUUGUUUUUUUUUGCCAUAAUGUUAUCGUCCCUCUCGUGCAAGUCCCCAGUUUUAGUAGUAGAAUGUGAGUAUACAUAUGCCUUAUUUUAUUUUUUAAACGUACAUGAAAUUUUUACGUUAUUACAUUGUUAUUAUUAUUCAUUUACUUUUUACUAUGUUCAAAAUGACAAUUCGAUGUCGAAAUAUAAAUUUGUUGCGAUUGAA